UUUCGUGCUGGACAGAUUGAGCGUUGUAUAUUACAGCAAUAAUUUGUAUAGAUGGGUGCACAUUAAGAAAAUUACGUCCAAAGAAGUCGCAAGCUUAGCUAUGUUGGACUGCUUGACCAGUGAUGAAGAUGAGAUAAAGAGCGAACUGGGACUUUCAAUCGAUAUCUCUAAGUACGACGUUACCGCGUUGUGUCUGCGUGAAGUCAACAGUUUACUGGAGGAACAGGUCGCAUUUGCGAACGGCGUGGCAGCGGUUCUGGAAAAAUUGAGGAAGCUACAGCCGAGUGAUCAAUAUGUACACACGAGAACUUGCGAGUUGGAAAUAGAAAGUACAACGUUUGCUCUGUGCGCUCCCAAGCUACGAGAUCUAGUCGAGAACAAAUCUCCAAAUGUAGUUCCUGCUUACACUAUGAUAAAUGUAAAAAAGGACACCAAUCUUAAGUUGUAUCUGCAAAACUGUUUGAAGAAGUGGAAGCAACUGUUUAGUCGCUACUUUAAAAAAAUUGUCAAGAAUUGGGAGCCUAAGCUUAUACUUUGCAUGCUGAUAACGGCCGGUGAAUAUGCUCGAUUAUAUCGGUAUGAAGACUACGAGGCUGAAAUAUGGACAUUGGCAUACAAGUUGGCAUUAGAAAUAAACGAUCGUACAAUUAUUUAUAGUAAGUUAAUCAUUAUAAUAAUUUAGCAUUUAUCGUAAUUAAGAGAAGACAAUGUU